AUGCCGUUCUCACUAUCGUUUGCGGCGGCCCUCGCCCUCUCCGCUGGUGUGUCUGCCGAGGAUGCUUCAUUUGACUAUAUUGUUGUUGGUGGUGGCACUGCUGGUACCGCCCUGGCCACUCGCCUCAGCCUGGGCCUUCCCAAGUCCACCAUCCUACUCAUCGAGGCCGGACCUGCUGCUCUCGAUGACCCGAGGAUCAAUGUCCCUGGCCUUCGGGGGUCUAUUCUCGGGUCCAGCCUCGAUUGGAACUUCACUACAGUCAAGCAGUCGUCUCUUGAUGGCCGCUCUAUCAGUGUCAACCGUGGCAAGGUGCUCGGUGGCUCCUCUGCCAUGAACUACCUUUGCUACGACCGUGCGUCGGCCCCCGAGUACGAGGCUUGGGCUGAGCUCGGGAACCCGGGCUGGGGCUGGAACACGAUGAUCAAAGCCAUGACCAAGUCGGAGAACUUCACAGGCACCGAUAAGGACAGGCACGGGCGCAACGGGCCGAUUCAAAACUACUACAAUCGAGUCGUCUACCCUGUCCUGCGCUUCUGGCAGCCAGCCGUGAGCAAGCUCGGCAUCAAUGUCAACGACCAUGACAGCAUGGGCGGCGACCCCAUCGGCGUCGGGUUCCAGCCCACCAACAUCGACACGAAGAAGAACACACGCUCCUACUCCGCCAGCAGCUAUCUGCCCCUGGCUGGCAAGAACCUGGUCGUCAGGACCAACACCCAGGUUGCCAAGGUCAACCUGGUCAAGCUCAAGGACUCGGAGUACAAGGCGACCGGCGUGACCCUGCCGGGCGGCGAGGUCAUCCGAGCACAGAAGGAAGUCAUCAUAUCCGCCGGCUCCGUCCAGAGCCCCGGCCUGCUCGAGCUCUCGGGCAUUGGCCAGCCCGCCGUGCUCAAGGCUGCUGGUAUCACCCCGCUUAUCAACCUCCCCGGUGUCGGCGAGAACUACCAGGACCACAUCCGCCUGUCCAAUACGUACAGACUCAAAGACGGCAUCGACUCGUUCGACAACCUCAUCUUCGACAGCGCCGGCGCCAAUGCAACGGGCGAGCUGCAGAAGUGGAUGGAGGGCGAGCCGUCGCUGUACGAGUAUACCACCUCGGCUUACGGCUUCAUGAACUGGCGCCAGCUUGGCCUGGAUGCGAAGAUGAAGAAGAUCGCCCGCGACGUCUUCGGUCGCAGCACCAACGUCAUCGACGCCAAGAAGCUGCAGUAUCUAAACAACGCCCGCGUGCCGUCAAUCGAGAUGAUCUACGAGGCCAACUUUGUCGGCUCCUUUGCAUACACAGGUGGCAAGUUCAUCACCCUCAUCGCGACUGUCAUGCAGCCCUUCUCGCGCGGCAGCGUCCACAUCGACCCGAGCAACCCACGCGGCAAGCCCAUCAUCGACCCCAAGUUCAUGAGCAACAAGUACGACCACGAGGGGCUCGUCGAGGCCGCCAAGUUCUCGCGCCGCAUCGCCCACUCCGAGCCCAUCAAGUCGACCUGGGUGGCGGAGACCGAGCCCGGCGAGGCUGUCCAAACAGACGAGGACUGGCGCGCGUAUGCUAAGACGGCGAUGGGCAGCUUCUACCACCCUGUCGGGACCUGCGCCAUGCUUCCCCGCAAGGACGGCGGCGUGGUCAGUCCUGAGCUCCUCGUGUACGGCACAACCAACCUGCGCGUCGUCGACAACAGCAUCAUCCCUAUUAUCCCGGCUGCUCACAUCCAGACUGCGGCGUACGGCAUUGCCGAGGUCGCCGCGGCCAAGAUCAUCGCCCGUGCGUGAGAGUGAUGGGGAGGGAGGGGUGGGUGCUUCAGGCUCGGCCCCUCCUCGUUGAAAUGAGUCGUCGGGCUCCCUUUUCAGACCUCGCUUAGCCUUUUAAAGUUUUGCAUCAUGUUAGUUUCCUGUAAAACGAGAUGUGAUCUUGUGCUGUGCCGGACAACUGCGCGCCGGGCAAGUCAAUAUAUACUUAGGGUACAUAAGGAAUAACACGAUUCAGUUCAUGGUUUCAACCGGGG